GCUGUGGGGAGAGCCCUGCGGUAUCGCGGGCGGCCACGGGGGCGCCAGAGAGCGCACCUCUCCGCUAAAGAUGUGAAAAUGGCGGAGCUACAAAUGCUUCUGGAAGAGGAGAUUCCAGCGGGACGAAGCGCGCUGCUGGACAGCUUCACUAAUUUGGAAAGAGUCGCGGAGUACUGCGAGAGCAACUAUGUCCAGUCUCCAGACAAGCAGAGGGCGCUGGAGGAGACCAAGAACUACACCACCCAGUCUCUGGCCAGUGUAGCCUACCUGAUCAACACACUGGCCAACAAUGUCCUGCAGAUGCUGGACAUCCAGGCCUCGCAGCUCCGCCGCAUGGAGUCCUCCAUCAACCACAUCUCACAGACGGUGGACAUCCACAAAGAGAAGGUAGCACGGCGGGAGAUCGGCAUUCUCACCACCAACAAGAACACGUCCCGCACGCACAAGAUCAUCGCCCCGGCCAACCCCGAGAGGCCUGUGCGAUACAUCCGCAAGCCCAUCGACUACAGCCUGCUAGACGACAUGGGCCACGGAGUUAAGGCCAGCGCUCAGAACAUGAAGGCCGGAGGAGGCGGACUCCCUCGCACCAACCCCCCCACACAGAAGCCCCCGAGCCCACCCAUGACGGGGAAAGGGACGCUUGGGCGCCACUCCCCCUAUAGGACGCUUGAGCCGGUGCGUCCACCCGUUGUCCCUAACGACUACGUCUCAAGCCCGACGCGCAACAUGGCGCACCCCCAGCAGAGCCCUGCACGCACUGCAUCCGUUAAUCAGAGGAACCGCACGUACAGCAGUGGGAGCAGCGGAGGCAGCCACCCCAGCAGCAGUCGCAGCAGCAGCCGAGAGAACAGCGGCAGUGGCAGCGUGGGCGUGCCCAUCGCCGUUCCGACCCCAGCCCCGCCCACCGUUUUUCCAGGUGCUCCUCAGUUCUACAGCAUGAACCGCCCCGCGCAGCAGCCUCAGAACCCUCCGGUGGGAGGCUCCCUGCCGUACCGCCGACCCUCGUCUGUCACCGGUCAGCCCAACGUGACCCACAACCAGAGCCAGCUUAACGGGGGGCCACACUUCGCCCAGAACCAAGCAGGCCCACUCGUGCCCCCUCCCCCCUCCAUGCAGAUCACCCCUCAGCUGCCUCUGAUGGGCUUUGUGGCCCGUGUUCAGGAGACUAUCUCAGACGUGCCACCUCCGCCAGCCGACGAGCCAGUGUUUGAGGAGCCCACACCUCCUCCGCCGCCACCUGAAGACUACGAGGACGAUGAGGAUGAAGAAGAGUCGGCGGUGGUGGAGUACAGCGACCCCUACGCUGAGGAGGACCCGCCCUGGGCCCCACGCAGCUACCUGGAGAAAGUGGUGGCCAUCUACGACUACACCCGCGACAAAGAGGACGAGCUUUCGUUCCAGGAGGGCGCCAUCAUCUACGUGAUCAAGAAGAACGACGACGGCUGGUUCGAGGGCGUCAUGAACGGGACCACGGGCCUCUUCCCCGGCAACUACGUCGAGUCCAUCAUGCACUACGCCGACUGAGCGGCGCCUCCCUGAGCAGGAGAGGGAGCGGGAGGAGCGCUUGUUGGGGAUGGGAGCGGGGGGAGGGAAGGGUUAAAGGUCAAAGACUUUGAUCGAACAGAGCAUGAUCACCUCCGGGCGAAGAGAGCAAAGAGCAGGGAGGCGAAGUGGAGGCAGCUUUUUAGGGUUUUUUUGAAGAAGGACAUGACAGACUCGAUGCUCAGUCAUUCUCUCGACAUAGUCGCCGCUAUAAAACGACCACUACUCUAGAUAUAAGCUUCCCUGUAACGUUUCUUUCUUUGUGACUUUGUUUGAUUAACGAGGAGGACUGGGCGGUGAUGGGUUUGUUACUUUUUGAGAGUUUGUUUCACACUACGAGGCCACUAAAUUGAUUUCUGCUUCUUUUAUGUUUUUUAUUCCUUGUGUUUUUAGCAGUUUGCCCAAUAUUUAUUUGUAGUGGGAGGGGGGGAUGAUGAGUGGGUAGAUGAGGCGCGCGGCCUCGGAGAAAAAGGGCUGGAGGAAAAUGCCUUCAGGUUUCGUUAUUCUCAGACACUCCAGAUGCAACAGCGAUAUCCUCAGUGAGACGCAUGGAUGUGCGGGUGAGGGCACGGAGUGUGCCAAAGCUGAUGAAGAUAAGCACAUCAGAUGUCUUAAGGUGAUCCACGAAGCUAGAUAAACGGGGAAAUCCUCCUUAAGAGUGCUUUAAAUGAUGAACUUUCUUCGUUUUUGUUCCGUUUGUGUGGUUAAAGCGGACGAGUUUAGUCACUACAUGCUUUACUUUGCAGUUUUCAGGUGAAGGAAUCGUCAUCCAGCCCUCAAAUCAGAGAAAGGCGUGGAUUUAAAGUUUGCAGCUCCUGUGAUAAAGUUGGAUGAACAGUC